AUGUACAACAUAAACGAUUGCUUUCUGUCAUAUCUCAAGCUCGACCUCGCGAGCGUGUGCGCAGACGAAGAAAACCACAACCUCAUGCUGGCCACGCUGGACGCCUGCUGGAGCUGCGUUGUGCCGUGUGAGGCGGCUCGGGCGCUGUUUCUCAAGUCCGAGGGCGUGUAUGUGCUGCUGGACAUCCUCGAGGGCAGCCCAGACUCGCUCCUCAACAUUGUCCUCGGCAUCCUCACCGACCUUGCAGAGCACCCGCAUGUCACCAAGCACAUGACACACUGGUCUGGCCGGCAGCACGCCAGCGUCGUUGCGCUGCUGGUUGCGCUGUGGGAGAAGGAGUGCACGCGUCUUGGCUGCCCGACGCGAUUCUCGGCCGUCUCAGAUACACAGCCCUUCCCGCUCCAGGCACGUCUCUUGAGGCAGUCUGUGCGAUUGGCGGACGCGCUUGCACAGGAGGAGCAAGCAUUCGUGCAGUCCACGUCAGGCUAUGCGUGA